AUGUCGUUAUUUUUGUCCGGCGAUUUGAACCCUCGAAUGGAUGCUUGGUGCUCCAACAAACUACUUUCUCAAGCCAAUGACACGCGCUGUGAUGUGAUUCCUGAAACCAAAGAAACCCCGAGUUCAUCCUUCACUCCGAACCUGUUGGACACGACCAACUGGAUCUUAGGCACUGGUCCUAGUUCAUCUAUCCAAAAUCAAUCACUCUUUUCAAGCUCCUUGCUGGACAAUAAAUUGCUUCGCACCUCAAAGCUCUUCUCUAGCGUUGACGCGGAAGUGAAGCCGUUGACGGAGGGAUUAUUUAAUGAGAAUCCGGAUAUUUUCCGGAGCCAGCCAUUGACGGAAAAUACGUCAAGCUUUUUCAGUGGUGGAGGGAAGCUUUCAAAUUUAAAAUUGCACACCGAGACGCUUUAUGAGGAGCGUUCUAAGCCGACUGAGGUUUCUCUGAAACGUCCUCUUCUCCCUGUGCGUGUUGAACGCGACACGGAAGGCGUUAAAUGUCCGAGGUACGAGAUUAACGUGAAUGUUCCGGAAAGUCCGGAAGAUUUUCCUGAGGAUCUCUUUGGUGAAACGGCACAAGAUGUCGGCGAAGAGAAGAGGCACGAACGAUUGGUCAAGAGCCAGUUUCUGAAUGCUGUCACGGGUUCCUUGAUCCAUUCACCGGAUUUUAAAUCCAAAUCGGACGAGUUUAGAUCGUUACUUGUCUCUCUGGCCGAGAAAGUUGCUGAGAUUGAUCCGGAAUUCAUCUUGAAGGCAGCCCUUCAUGCGAGGCAGGAUUUGUAUAUUCGAACAACUGCCAAUUUUCUGUUGGCCUACGCCUCGUAUGACUCUCGCUGUCGGGAAUUCACGAAGCGGUAUUUCAAACUCUGCGUCGUUACACCGGCUGAUUGGAUUGACGUGGCGGAGAUGUAUCAAGCUUUUGGUGACAAGUCCAUCAAUUUCGGGUCAUUGCCGUCGACUUUACGUCGAGCGUUGACCGUGAAGUUCGCGGAUUUCGAUGUUCACCAGUUGUCGAAGUACAAAAGUGCUGGAGGGAAGAAACGCCCGAAAGGAAAAGUUGUUGCCCAAGAUUUACCGAAUGAUGGUGAAAAAAAAUCUGCAACUGCAUUGGAAGACUCCAUGAAAAAAUUGGAAAUGAAUCCGACCACUAUGAGACAAUUCGGGAUCAAGUCCAAGGAUGUACCGGAAGUAGUUCCGGAAAAGGAUGACGAUCUUGAUGAUCUGGAAAGGCGGACUUUCACAAUCAAACAGCUCAUACGUUUCCUGCACAUCAGUGUUCCAGCCGAAAUCGUCAUGAGUCUAGUCGGGAAAAAAUAUCCUUCAAAUGAGGUGGAAUUUUUCAAAUCAAAGUUGCCUGGAAGUUUCGAUUCUUCUCGAGCCGGGAAACGGAUGAAGUUGCCAACUGCUGAAACUUGGGAGACUCAAAUCGCUUCGAAGGGAAACAAAGCACAAACUUGGCAGGACUUGAUUGAUCGAAAGAAAUUGCCUUUCAUCGCAACACUGCGGAAUAUUCGGAAUUUGAUCCUUGCUGGAAUUUCCAAGGAGCAUCAUGCCGCUGUCAUUCGAACGCUGUCAUCGGAAAUUCCAGUGACCAGAAGCAAACUACCCGCAUUCCGAUUUUUCACGGCAUUCAACAUUUUGGAUGAGUUGAAGAAGAAGCUUCAAGAGGCAGAAGCAAAAAAUCGGGAAGCAGAAAAUGAUGCUGCAUCGGGUGUCAAUCGUAAACCGUGCAAACGAUUGUCCAAGUCUAAGCAGUCCGUUUUAAGGGACGAGUGGUGGAAGAAGAAGCAGAAGCGCCUUGCUACGAAAGCCAGGAAUAUGAGGUAUAAUCUGGACCUGAUUGAACAAUACCGCAAAGCCUUGAACAAAGCUGUCGUGAUUGCUACGCGCAAUAACAUUCCUCCGAUUGCUGGGAAAACGUGGAUUUUCGUCGACGCUACCAAGAAGAUGCAUGUGACUCCUUGUCAAACAGCCAGAGGACUCGGGAAACCUAGAACUUUGUUGGAGGUCGGUCUGCUGCUUGGUCUUAUGGCCCUUAGCGUCGGCGAAGACGCCAAGUUAUUUGCCGGAUUUGGCGAUCAAAUCGAACCAAAAGAACUGAAAAAAGCUCCUGGUUCUGUACUUGAUAGUUUGCCAUUAUUGCUUGCAGAGUGUUCUACUGGCAGGGGUAUUAAAAGUUAUUCCGAGACGUUCAUGGAUCAAGCCACGGUUCGGCGUGUGUUAGCGAGUAGAGAAAAGAUCGAUACCUUUAUUGUGCUGACGAGUAACAACGGAUUAUCAGUCAAUAUGGAGGCAUUUUUGGAUCAGUAUCGGGCGUUCGUCAAUCCCGAUUUUCUGUAUGUGUCGGUGAAUCUUGCUGCGGAAAAAACAAGUUUGGAUGCUGAACUUAGUUCAUCGUCAGCUUGUGAGAAAAAUGUGAUGAUAUCUGGAUUCAACGAGCAUUUGUUGAGAUUUGCGGCUGAGAGAAGUGGAAUUAAACGGAUCGAGCACGUGGACAAAAUUGACAGAAGAUUUAACCUACCCGCACGCGUAAAUUCUCGACUCAUGUUGACCAAUUUCCAAAGCAAGGCUCAUUUGAAUGACUCCAGCUCCUUGAACAGAGUUUGGAAAACUGUGCAAGUAUUCAUUUCUUCGCCGUUCCGCGACAUGCACGGGGAGAGAGACUUGCUUGGACGUUACGUUUUCCCUAUAUUGCGAGAAAAAGCGAGGCAAUUGCGAAUUAAUCUUGUGGAAGUUGACCUGCGUUGGGGUGUCCCCGAAGAUGAAGAAAAUAGUAUUGAAAAGUCCCUGGAAAUGAGCUUGGAAGCUGUGGCCCACAGCGACAUCUUCAUCGGGAUUUUAGGAGAAAGAUACGGAAGGGUUGUGGAAAACUAUGAGGGAAUAUCGUCGCGUGAGGAAUUUGCAUGGCUCGAACGUGUGCCACCGGGCAAAUCCGUGACGGACCUCGAGAUGGAAUUUGCCGUUUUGGCUGAUGAAACUAGAGAUAAAUUUAAGGAGAAAGCGUUCUUCUUUUUUAGAGAUCCCGACUCUUUGAGCUCCGUGCCGGAAAACAUGAAAAGGGACUUUUUAGCGGAGAGCGAAGAAAGUCGACUGAAAUUAGCUUUGCUCAAGUCACGCAUAAAAGCGAGUGGAGCAGAAGUUUGCGAUGCAUAUCCGGCUUUCUUUGGUGGUUGCGUCGAUGGAAAACCAAUCAUGGCUAACCUGAACGAAUUUGCCGAGCGAGUAGCCGAUCAAGUCUGGCAUUCUGUGACGAAAAUGGCAAAUUCUGAGGAAAUCGAAGAAACUAAAUGUAGCUUUUCGAGGUUCUCGCUCGAAAAGGAAUUCUUUGGAAGACAAGUCGCGCUGAAUGAAGCCAAGAACGCCGUGACGAAAAUCUCAGAGAAAGGUGGACUCUAUUUGAUCACUGGCAAGCAGGGCAUUGGAAAGACUGCGUUUAUGAGAGAAUUGCGCAAUCAACUGAAAAUGCAGUCGACCAAGACGAUCAGCAUCAGCUGCUUCGUGGAUGAAUUGAAUGUUACCGAACAAACAGUCAUCGAUUCCUCGACGAUUAUCAAAAAUCUGUUCGAUUCCAUCACCAACGACAUCUCGUUGAGAGAAUCUUUGGUCAUUGAAGACGGGGACGAAGAAGUCGAUCCUGGAACCUUGCUGAAAACUGAAAGUCGUGAGGAGUAUAUGAAGAACUUUCCAGUUCUUCUGAAGUCGUUAGUUAAAGACAGAGACAAGAGUGCGGUGAUUUUCGUUGAUGGUUUCUCGGAUUCUCAAAUGGCGGAUUUCUGGGAAUGUGUUUCGUUUAGUGGAAUCCCAGAGGGCUUGGCAUUGAUUGUCAGUCAACAGGAGGCAUCGUCGAAUGGUGCAUCGGAUCAUUCGCCGAAACAUCGAGCCACUGACGUGAUAGCUUCGAAAGCAAAGCGUGUUUGGACUCUAGGACCUUUGUUGGUCAACGAAAGGAUGGACAUCGUGAAAAAUUUACUAUCCCGAUACGGAAAAGCGUUAGAUGACUCAUCUUCCGCUCCGAAGUUGAGAAUGCUCGUAUCGAAACGGGACGCGGGAAAUCCGCUCUAUCUCAAGCUCGCUGUUGAAGAGAUCCGUAUUUUCGGCCUGUUUGAGAAGUUGGAUGAGAAGAUUCGGAAGUUGGGUGUUUCGUUGGAGUUGUUAUUUGAAGAAAUCCUUCGACGCUUGGAAUCGGAAUUUGGCAGAGACCUUGUCGAGCGAAUUAUGCAGCUGAUUUUAAUCUCUCGGUCUGGUUUACAAGAACAAGAAAUCAUGGACGUUUUCGCACUGUCGCUGACUUCGGAUUUCGACGUUCGACGAUCAUUUGUCUCCGGCAUUCCUGAAAUUUACGCUCACGCUGAAGGGUUGCUGGGACUUGAUGGGUUCGGAUUGGUCUCGCGUCUUUUACGUUCCGUGAAACAUUGGCUCGUUUCACCUGUUGGUGCUGGAACGGUGUACUUGUUCCCACAUAGGGUUCUCCGUGAUGUGGCCUCUUCUAGGUACCUCGCAGUGGGCAGCAAGGGAUCGACUUUCGUGACGAACUUGCAUGGAAUUCUUGCUAGCUACCAUUCCUGCAAAUGUUGGGAUGAGGAAUCGGACGAUAUUUCAAGUAAAUCCACCCCGAGAGAUUUGAUUUCUUUGCCGUAUCAUUUCUGUCACGCUGGACGUUUUGAAGUCCUUGGAAAUAAAUUUUUGUGCAAUCUGAGGUUCAUCGAGCUGAAAGCAUCACUGGGGCUGGCAGAAACGUUGCUGGAAGAUUUUAAGCUUGUAUCCAAAACUGUGGAUGUGCAUCUCAAAUGUGCCGACAAGGAGGCACAAAAAAGUCAUUCCAUUUUGUUCGAAUCCGCAGACUUCAAGGAGUACCACGCGUUCGUUCGUCGCCAUCUACACAUUCUCGCAAGCACGCCGGCUUUGGUGCUCCAGUGUGCCCUGAAUGAAAGAAAGGAAUCCUUGGUUAGGAAGGAAGCCGAAGAAAGAAUGGCUGUGGAAGAAGGCCGAAUUGCUUUAGUUGAAUGGCAGAAUAGGCCCGAGUUUGCUUCAGAUCCAUGUUUGGCCGUGGUGUCCGGAAUAGUCAACAAGCGUUUGACUGUAUGCUGCGUGUCUACCGACUCGAACAUUCUUGCCGUGGCCGCGGAAGACGCCGUGAUUCGACUCUUCUGUCUGGAAACACGACGUGAAAUGAAAACCUUCGUCGGACACUCGGCCGCGGUGCACAGCUUGUGUUUUUUGGGCGACGAAAAGCUUGUGUCGGGGUCAGAGAAUGGCGAGAUUUGUGUGUGGGACGUGGGUCGUGGGUUGCGUCUUUCAUCAACCAAAGGUCACUUGACGAGGGUAACGGGGAUCGCUGUCAACCCGGACUUGUUCAGCUACGUCUCUGUCGGAUGGGACGGAAAGAUCAAGAUCUGGAACACAGGCGACAAUCGAGAACUUUCCAGCGUCACCCAGCCCAAGCCAGUCACAUGCGUGAGUCACCACCCUACCCGAAACGUGAUCGUCACCGGAGGCUGGGACUCGCUCAUCCGCAUCUGGGACACCGUCAAGUUACAUCGCAUUGCCAUCCUUCGUGGACAUACAGGUUCCGUGCGAUCCAUCGCUUUAUCCGCAGAUGGACUCACGCUUGCUUCGGGCUCUGUCGACGGAACCGUCAGGGUUUGGUCCAGUUCCCUGGGAAUGGAAGUUGGCGUUUUCCCGGCCCUGGGAGCCGGUGCCGUGAAUUCUGUGGCAUUCACGAGAGAUGGAAUGACUGUCGUGAGCGGCGGAGACGACGGCAGGAUUUUUGUUUGGCCCACCAACUCCAGCUCUCUGAAGAAGUGCUAUUCAUUACCACCCUCUGACGAAAUAUCCUGCAUGCACUUGCAAGAAACCACUUUGAACGCGUUGGCCGUGGGCUUCAGAGAUGGUCGGUUGAAGAUGUUCAACUUGUCCAAGCCGGGCAGGAGUUACGUGACUGAGGCCGUUGUGGGACAAACUCGGGUCAUUCAAGUGCUGUGUCUGUUUGGUGGUCGUCUCUGUGCGGCAUUUGCGGAUGGCUCGAAUUUACUCACGUUUUUGCGAGAUGACGGGAAGAUGUUUAAUAAGAAGAUUGGUUCUCCGAACGUGAAUGCGUUGAGCAGUCACGGAUCUCUUGUGCUCGCCGGUUACCAUGACGGAACCGUGUGGAUUUUUGAUGCCAAAAGCAUUCUGGACACUGGAGAAAUCAAAGCCGUGUCCGCAUUAUCACAAGUUACUGGACCAGUGGUUAGCAUUGCUGUAAAUAAGCUCGGGACUUGCUUGGCAUCUGCGUCUGGCGUGAACAGCAGGGUUUGUGUGUGGAAAUCGGCUGAAAUAUUACAACCGGAAAGUGAUUUCGGAGCACCCGUGGAAGUGGGCUACUGGCAUUCUGAUUCUGUAACCUGUGUGGCUUGGGGAUGCGCUUUGGGCAAGGAUUACCUCGUUACAGGUUCUGCGGACGCCACUGUUGCGGUUUAUUCGUCGGAAAAGGCGAAGCUACUCAGUCACAUGCGGAAUGGACACGAGAAUGCCGUGACGAGCGUUCAAGCCGAAGGAAUCUACGUCGUAAGCUGCAGUUCGGACGGAGUCACGAUUUUAUGGGCCAUUACGGGAGCGAAGUUGGCGACUUUCACAACGACGGCGUAUUCCAUUCCUGCUUUCCGAGUGAAUUUCGCGCAAAAAUGCGAAGAGGACAAAACCUUGAGCUGGGCCGACGAAGUGGAAGCGGAAGAGCAAGAGAAGCAGAAUUCUGGUCGAAAAGACCGGAAGCAGAUCCUGGGCGAUUUGGAAAUCGAAGAUGCUCUUCUCGUGGUUGCUGACGCUCGGAAUAUCAACGUUUUGCAGCUAUUUCAGGGUAAAGAAGAAGCAACUUUCGUUGGACAUUCGGGCCCGCUGUCAUCAUUGUCAAGCUUCGGCUCGGGUGGGAAGUUUGUCACGUGUGGAAACGACAAAACCUGUCGCAUUUGGGACACCGCAGCGAUUCGAAAAUCGAAUGAUGAUGUCCAAAAUUCCGAAACGACUGAUUCAGCUCAUGUCUUGAGGUCUCCGCACAAGGCUGCGGUAUCCAUGAUCGUGAUCCUGGAUUCUUUGAGGAUUGCCGUGACGGGUGAUUUGAAUGGGGUUCUGGUCGUUUGGAACAUGAUCAAGGCGAAUGGGAAUUGGGAACCUGUUCAAGUUGAUAAUUCGCAUAAUUUGGCGGUUAGUUGCGCCUGCGAACUCCGAGGUGUGGCGAGCAAGCGUCUGGUGACGGGAUCUCUCGGCGGCGAUCUUUUCGCGUGGAGCGCCGUUAUGCUCCGCGGUCAGGAGAAGGUGUUGAAGAAGGUGGCCGUUCCGUCGUGGCCGAAGGCGUCCGCGGCGGUGCGGGGCGUCGUUUUCGAAUCGGAACGCAAGUUGCUCUUGGUGACAACGUCGAAUCCGCCUCAAGUUGUGUUAUUCACCGUCGAGAAUGCGAUUACUUUGAGGGGAAGAGUCAGCAUCGAAUGCGGCUUGGAUAUUAAUCCGCUCAAAUUGUUUGUGUGCGGUAUUCAAGCCGUCACUCAAGCUGGAACCACCACUGAAAAGGCCCUGAUUUGUGACAGCGCCUGCGUGAGAGAAUUGGAGUGGAAGAAGGGCGUGAUCAAGAAACGAGACGGGAAGAAAGACGUGGUGGAAGCCCACUACAAAAUGAAAUUUGGAGCGACUUACGGUGUGAAGGCGACGAACUGGCUCCCUUGCGUAUUUCUCGCUGGACUCGGUGAUCCAAAUCACGCUCUUAUUGCAUGCACUGAUGGUUGUCUGAGACAGGCCGUGUUGAGAGAUGGUGCAAUGCACGAUCUAGACGGAGCUGAAACCCUCUGGGAUGUGAAAAAGUUGCAUUCGUCACCGAUCAAUGCGAUGCUGCCAGUGAAACUCAGCGAUCCAAAUGACUGUUUCUUGAUUACGACAGCGAAUGAGCAGUGCAUUAAAAUUUGGAAGGGCUGGAACGUCCGUGACAUGCAGCAAGUUGGAAAAUUCGAAUGCGCCUUCAAUUUGUCAUCCGCAAAAAUCCUACGACAGAAUGGGCGAAUGGCGAAUAUCAUAGCGGGCGACACCUGUGGCGAGUUGCAUCGUUUCUCCGUAAGGUUUCCACGCUGUGUACUUGGUGUCGCGGUAAGCAACGUGGUUACACCCUUCGAUCGACGUGGAGAUGAUUUUGAGGACGCAGGCGGGGAAGAAAUUGAAAUUGAGGAGACGCUCGAAAUAGAAACGAGCGAACAGGAGGAAUCCGAAGAAAUGGAGGUUUGUGCUACAGUUGAUGAGCCGGAAGAAGUUGAUAUUUGUCUGGCUUCAUUGUUGGAAUAAAUCGCAUUUAACCCUUCUUGCCAAGAAGUGAUUGCACCUGUGCUAAUUAUGGAGUGACAUUUUUAAUGUUGCAAAUGCUCGCAGCUUUUUCGUCGGAAUAAUUAUUACAGUUGUUGUGCCUUCAUAAUCGUGUAAGGUAAGGUCAACGGUGCAAAAACAGUUACUCAAAUGUAAUCGUGUUGUGAUGAGCACAUGUACUUGAAUUAAGUUAGGUGUGCCGUAUAUUUUGAUUUCGAUGUCAGUUCACUGAUAUGUGGUCUUUACGAAAUGAAGUGCUUUACUACUGA